GGUGGCCCCGGAGGGGGCGGGGCGGGGCGGCCGCCCGCUGGGGGUAGUCCCGGUGCCCCCGCAAGGUGCCAAAUCAGUAGCCGCCCCCUCAGUCCUCGGGUCCCGCCCCCAGGGAAUCAGAAUUCAGUGGGAAAGUGUCUGGUUCCGGGAGAAUCCUCGGGGCGGGGUGAGAUGGGGCGCGCCUGGCACAAAAUGGUUAAAACAAAGUCCGCGCGCGCCCCUGGGCUCCUCGUGUGAAAAGUGUGCGCGCCGGUGGCUGGACACCCCUCUGUUAUUUCGCGGAUUACCGAGAGGAUGGGAUGGAUCUAGGCAGUGACGCCGGCAGCAGCAGCAGCAGCCACGCCAGCUCCCAGUCCAACUCCACCAAAGUGACCCCUUGCUCCGAGUGCAAAUCCUCAUCGUCGCCGGGGGGCAGUCUGGAUUUGGUGUCUGCCCUGGAGGACUAUGAGGAGCCCUUUCCCGUCUACCAGAAGAAGGUGAUUGAUGAGUGGGCGCCGGAGGAAGACGGGGAGGAGGAGGAAGAGGAGGACGAGCGAGGGUAUCGGGAUGACCGCUGUCCGGCCCGAGAGCCGGGGGACGUGAGCGCUACGAUCGGCAGCGGGGGCAGGAGCGUCACCACCGCCAUGCCGUCCCCAAUGCCCAACGGCAACCUCCACCCGCCCGACCCCCAGGACCUCAGGCACAAUGGCAACGUGGUGGUGGCCGGUCGGCCGAGCGCUUCCCGGGGCCCCCGCCGAGCGAUCCAGAAGCCCCAGCCCGCAGGGGGCCGGCGAGGAGGCCGGGGACGAGUCGCUGGGGGGCUUUGCCUUCAGCCCCCGGACAGCGGGACGUGCGUCCCCGAAGAGCCCCCGGUGCCCCCUAUGGACUGGGAGGCGCUGGAGAAGCAUCUGGCUGGGCUGCAGUUCCGGGAGCAGGAGGUGCGAAACCAGGGCCAGGCGAGGACCAACUCCACCUCUGCACAGAAAAAUGAGAGAGAGUCUAUCAGACAGAAGUUGGCACUUGGAAGCUUCUUUGAUGAUGGCCCAGGAAUCUAUACCAGCUGUAGCAAAAGUGGGAAGCCAAGCCUUUCCUCACGACUCCAGAGUGGGAUGAACCUACAGAUAUGUUUUGUCAAUGACAGCGGCAGUGACAAGGACAGUGAUGCAGAUGACAGCAAGACUGAAACCAGCUUGGACACCCCAUUGUCGCCCAUGAGCAAACAGAGUUCUUCCUAUUCUGAUAGAGACACUACUGAGGAGGAAUCUGAAUCCCUGGAUGACAUGGACUUCCUUACCAGGCAAAAGAAAUUGCAAGCCGAAGCCAAAAUGGCCCUGGCCAUGGCCAAACCAAUGGCCAAAAUGCAAGUAGAAGUGGAGAAACAGAACAGGAAAAAGUCUCCCGUCGCUGAUCUUCUGCCCCACAUGCCUCAUAUAAGUGAAUGCUUGAUGAAGAGAAGUUUGAAGCCCACCGACCUGAGAGACAUGACUAUUGGGCAGCUACAAGUCAUUGUCAAUGACCUCCAUUCCCAGAUUGAAAGCUUGAAUGAAGAGCUGGUCCAACUGCUCCUCAUCCGAGAUGAGCUGCACACAGAGCAAGAUGCCAUGCUGGUGGACAUUGAAGACUUGACCAGACAUGCUGAGAGUCAGCAGAAGCACAUGGCAGAGAAAAUGCCUGCCAAGUGAGAAGAAGCCAUCCGCCCGGAGGACACGCUAGAAUUUAUUUUGCUUCUGUGGUUGUAAAAAAAUGCUGUUACUAAAGGUGGCGCAGAAACAAAUAUCAGUGUUAGUCAUUGAUAACGUCUGAAGCUUACUGUCCAGUGAUUGGCCUUCGCUUCUUAAUUUAUUUUAAUUUUUUUUACUCGUGCCACUUAAUAUCAGGCAUUUUAAUAAAACAUUGUUACAAGACAUGUACAGUACUUACACCACCAACAACCAUGGGUAACCAGAGGGUAGUUUUAACUUUAUUUUUAUUUGUUUAGAGAUUUUGAGUUGGGACAGUAUUUGACCAUUGACUACUUUCAUUCUUCACUGUAGUUUUAAAGAAGAACUGUAAAUGACGGUGCUAUAUAAGUCAAAAAAAAAAAAAAUACAUGCCUGCCUCGUAGUGAAGUCGUAGCUCCUUGUUUAUGGAUAUUUUAAUCAGUUUUCAACAUUUUGUGAAUGUUGACUACCUGAAGUUCACUUUUAGAUGUGCUAUUAACAUUCUGUUGGAUCCAGAGGGUUCCUUGAAAGUUUUAUGUAUAAAUAUGUAAAAUAAAAAUUAAAACUUUGUUUCAUAUGA